UGCAUCUAUAACAGGGAGCUGUCUGCACCGGGCUGUGUGGGGGGUGAGACUAGCUCCUCACUCUGACCGGACCGGAUCUGAACAGACCAGGCAGGACUGGAUGGUGUUUGGCUUCUCAAACAGAACUUGGCAAUCUAAAGCUGACUCCUGUGGAAGAGGACGGCAUCAGAGAAAAAGGCUGCAAGUGUGAGCUGCAGACUAUCUGGGUUGUAAAUGAAGGAUUGAAGAGGUGACUGCACAGAAGCGUGAUGGCGGGGUGGGGGCUCCUUACCCCUUUCCAUCUUCUUCUUCUCUUUCUUGUCCUGGGGGGAAUCCUUCCUGAUGCCUUAGGCGCCGGCUACCUGUCUGGAUAUCGCCUCAGGUCUCGCUUGCAGAAGGACCGCAGCAUCCGCAACAUCCGGCCCAACAUCAUUCUCAUUCUUACGGAUGAUCAGGAUAUAGAACUGGGCUCAAUGCAGGCCAUGAACAAAACUCGGCACAUCAUGGAAAAGGGCGGCACACAUUUUUCAAAUGCCUUCUCCACCACGCCCAUGUGCUGCCCGUCCCGCUCCUCCAUCCUGACCGGGAAGUACGUACACAAUCACCACACGUACACCAACAACGAGAACUGCUCCUCCCCCUCGUGGCAGGCGCACCACGAGCCGCAUACCUUCGCUGUGCACCUCAACCAUUCCGGCUACAGAACAGCCUUCUUUGGAAAAUAUCUGAACGAGUACAAUGGCUCCUAUGUGCCCCCUGGAUGGAGGGAAUGGGUAGCACUGGUGAAGAACUCACGCUUCUACAACUACACCCUCUGCAGAAAUGGAGUACGAGAGAAACACGGCAGCAACUACCCAAAGGACUACCUGACAGACAUCAUUACCAACGACAGCAUCAACUACUUCCGUAUGUCUAAGCGGAUGUAUCCACAUCGGCCCGUCAUGAUGGUCCUGAGCCAUGUUGCCCCGCACGGCCCAGAAGAUUCUGCCCCGCAGUACAGCUCUGCCUUCCCCAACGCAUCGCAGCACAUAACACCGAGUUACAACUACGCCCCCAACCUGGACAAACACUGGAUCCUCCGCUACACCGGACCUAUGAAGCCUGUCCACAUGCAAUUUACUAACAUGCUUCAGCGCAGGAGGAUGCAGACGCUCCUGUCUGUGGAUGACAGUGUGGAGAAGGUGUACGACAUGCUGGUGGAGACAGGUGAACUGGACAACACAUACAUCAUCUACACCUCAGAUCACGGUUAUCACAUCGGCCAGUUCGGUCUGGUGAAGGGAAAAUCGAUGCCUUAUGAGUUUGACAUCCGGGUGCCCUUCUAUAUGCGAGGACCUAAUGUGGAGCAAGGCGCAACUAAUCCUCACAUAGUGUUAAACAUUGACCUGGCACCGACUCUGCUGGACAUGGCUGGUGUUGAUAUCCCUGCAGAAAUGGAUGGCAAGUCCAUUCUCAAGCUGCUGUCCACAGACCGUCCAGUAAACAGGUUCCAGCUGAGCAGAAAGAGUAAAACAUGGAGAGACUCGUUCCUGGUGGAGAGGGGGAAGCCUGCUCACAAGAGAUCAGAUGGGAAGGAAAUGGCCCAGGAGGAGAACUUCCUGCCAAAAUACCAGAGGGUGAAGGACUUAUGCCAGAAAGCAGAGUACCAGACCUCCUGUCAGCAGCCAGGACAGAAGUGGCAGUGUGUGGAGGAUUCAACAGGCAAGCUGAGGCUGUUUAAGUGUAAGGGCAUGGCCAGUCUCUUUGCUCCACGUAUGCAGGCGCUGAUGGCCAGCAGUGCCUCCACAAUGUCUCUCGCAUCCAAUUCUGACAGCUGCAAUUGCGGCGAUUUGGGCUUUAAAACAUCCACCCUGAAGAAGAAGAGGCUGCUAAACAAAAAGAAUUCGUCUGUCUCAUCUUAUGCAGAGAUGAAGUCCAGCACGACUGUGUCCAGGAGGCGCUGGGCCCGCUCGGUGUCCUUUGAGCUGGAUGGAGACCUGUAUGCUGUAGACCUGGAGAAGGGCUAUCAACCCCUAGGAUCCAGGAACAGCAGCUGGAGCAGAGACUGGUCAAACAGAGGAGGGAAUGAGCAAGAAGAUGAAGAAUUCAGUGGCAUGGGAGUUACAGCUAAAUCCACCACCAGCACCAAACUCACACCACCUGCUGCUCUUAAAGUCACGUACAGAUGUUCCAUCCUAAUGAAUGACACGGUUAAGUGUGACGGGGGUCUUUAUAAAUCCCUUCAGGCGUGGAAAGACCACAAACUGCACAUUGAGCAUGAGAUUGAAACUUUGCAGACCAAAAUCAAGAAUUUGCGUGAGGUCAAAGGUCACCUGAAAAAGAUUCGGCCAGAGGAAUGUCAGUGUAAUUCUCCCAGUUAUCUGCUCAAGAGUAAAGAGGCUUCCCUACUCAAUGCAGGACAGAUGCGCUCACUCAGAAUAUCAUCCAAGCAGAAGACGCAGUGGCUUCAGAAGGAACAGAAACGCAGAAAAAAACUGCGUAAAUUCCUCAAGAGGCUUCAGAACAAUGACACCUGCAGCAUGCCUGGCCUCACCUGCUUCACCCAUGACAACCAUCACUGGCACACUGCCCCCUUCUGGACAAUGGGUCCAUUCUGUGCAUGCACCAGCGCCAACAACAACACAUACUGGUGCCUCAGGACCAUCAAUGACACACACAACUUCCUGUUCUGUGAAUUUGCCACCGGCUUCCUGGAAUACUUUGACCUCAACACCGACCCGUACCAGCUGAUAAAUGCUGUCAGCACUCUCAACCGCAACGCUCUGAACUCAAUGCAUCAGCAGCUCAUGGGCUUACGGGGCUGUAAGGGCCAUAAGCAGUGCAGCCCAGAGAAGGGAGGAAGGGAACGAAGCCACAUCAGUGAAUACAGGCCAGUUCAUCGCCGAAAGAGGCCAAAAGUGAAGAAGCCCUCCUCCAAGUCGCUGGGGCAGAUUUGGGAAGGCUGGGUUGGCUAACCACCUGCAUCCCACACCCGACCGUAUGGCCUCCUCCGAGCAGAGGAAGGAAAACGAUGACGGAAGGCAAACCUAAGGACCUUGACUACACUUCGUUGGACCAUAACCUGAGAUACUUCUCUAAUCAGCUGCUUUUUGUAGCCCUCACCCAAGUCAAGGAGUACCAACGGCUGAGGGGAAGCUUCGGGACACAUGACCAUUAACAUCUGUCAGACUCCAGCUGUGAGCAGGAUGCUGAUGCAGUGUGAUGUCCAGAAGCCAUGCUUGUAGAUAAUAUCCAGUUCAUCGCUUUAAUUUGCUGUCCUUUGUGUCAUACGGGACUGGGUGGAAGCAUGAUGAGCUGCUACACAACGAUGUCAUGGCUUCACGACGUCUUUGUGGUCCACGCUGACAAUAAACUCUGGACUUUAAGACGACCACCUCGAUCAGAUUUUUUUUGCCAUAAUCCUUUUGUAUUAUAGUUGACCUUAACACUAAUGAAUGUCUUUUUCUGAACAGCGAUCUCCCUCACAGGCGGACAGAGUUGGCCUGUAGUGACUCGACUCCUCACACCGACUCUUCUGCAGGUCUGUUCGUUCACCUGAACCGGCCUGAACCGCUUUCUCACAAUCCCCCCGAGUAUUUGACACAAUGUGCUAGUGAAUUUUAUCCUUUUGUAUUGUCAGUACCACCCUAGAAGCUCCCAAAUAGUUUGUUCAGCUUGCUGUACAUGGUGCUACAGGAUAACAAUACAGAAAUAAAAUCGCUGUACAGUACAGUAUGUAUUUGAAUGUAUGUUGUGCAAUUAAUAUAAAUGUUUACAAUAUUUUUUAUAAUACUGAAGAGGCAGACCUCAUUGUACAAGUUGACAAAAUGUCGGGGAAAUGUAGCCUGAGAAAUGUGAUUUGUUCAUUUGUCAUUUCCUUCUUUACAUGAGAAAAGCACUUAAAGGGUUCACUGUGACAAGAUGCGCCAUGUACGUUGAUGAAUAUACAUUACUCUGUGCCAGAAGAAAACACAACAGUGUUCUACUCGUUGAUGUGAAGUUUAACUGCUCGGCUUCUUAGCUUUUUAUUUUAUUUCUUUUGCAAAUAUUUUAAUAGAGCCUAGAGUACUGAUAGUAAUUGUGAAUAAAGUGUUGGUUGACCAGA